UUAGCAGUUAGCACUGUGAGCUAACAGCCGGAGUGUGUAAUGGCGGCCUCGGUCUUGCUGGGGUCUGCGGACAACAGCGGACUCAACUUCCCGGUCGGAGGCGGCGGGGCCGGGAAUGUUUUAGUCGGGAACACUAACGGACUGGGACCGGCGGGCCCGGCGCCCUGGAACCGCUCUCUGGACCGGGCGCUGGAUGAAGCCUCGGCCACCGGGUGCCUCAACCUCAGCGGCAGGAAGCUGAAGGAGUUUCCCCGGAGCGCCGCCAACCACGACCUGACGGACACCACCAGGGCCGAUUUGUCUCGUAAUCGGCUGUCGGAGCUUCCUCUGGAGGUUUGUCUCUUCGUGUCUCUGGAGAGUCUGAAUCUUUACCAGAACUGUCUGAGGUCUCUGCCGGACGGACUGCUGAACCUGCAGGCCCUGACCUACCUGAACCUCAGUCGGAACCAGCUGUCGGUUCUCCCAGCUGUCGUCUGCAGCCUCCCUCUGAAGGUUCUGAUCGCCUGCAACAACAAGCUGGUUUCUCUGCCAGAAGAACUGGGCCAGCUGAGACACCUCACUGAGCUGGAUGUGAGCUGUAAUGAGAUCCAGACUUUACCUGCCCAGGUGGGUCAGCUGGAAACUCUCAGAGACCUGAACAUCCGGAGGAACCACCUGGUCCGGCUGCCUCCAGAGCUGGCCGAGCUUCCUCUGGUCCGUCUGGAUUUCUCCUGUAACAAAGUGACCUCCAUCCCCGUCUGUUACCGACGACUCACACAGCUACAGACCAUCGUCCUCGACAACAACCCUCUGCAGACGCCGCCCGCACAGAUCUGCAUCAAAGGGAAAGUUCACAUAUUCAAGUAUCUGAACCUGGAGGCCAGUAAGAUGACGCCCGACCUCCCCGACUACGACAGGCGACCUCUGACCUGUGUCGAUGAGCUGUAUCCCGGCCGUCUGUACGGAGCUCUGGACUCCGGCUUCAACAGCGUCGACAGCGGAGACAAGCGAUGGCUGGGGAAUGAGCCUUCAGAGGAGCUUUCAGAGCUGCCCAGCAGAGUGGCCGAGAUCAGCCGAGACCAGAGACCGAGAGGAGGAGGAGGAGGAGGAGGAGGAGGAGGACCGCUGCUGGCCAACGGGACACAUGUGGAGUUGGAGCAGAUCGACUUCAUCGACAGCUGUGUGGGGGGGGAGGAGGAGGAAGAGGAGGGCCGGAGUCGAGGAGGAAGAGGAGACAGCAGCAGCCUCAGUUCUCAGUUCAUGGCGUACAUCGAGAGACGCAUCACCAGAGAGGGUUCUCCAGUAAAAUCCAGUUUGUCCCGAACAGAAGACACAAAGAGACACAGCAGGAGUGUGGUCGAUGGCAUCGCAGCUCCCUCUAGCUCCCACAGCCAGAGAGGUAUUGGUCCAGGUGUGGAGAGAAUGAGGAGAGAGGCUCAGCUCGCUGCUCUCAGGUACGACGAGGAGAGACAGAAGAACCGAUCUCUGCAGAGGGACAGCGUCACCAGCUACUCCAAGCAUAAAGCAGCUCAGAGUCCAACCAAGUCCAGUCCAGACACUGAGUGUGUUCUGGUGUUUGAGAUCGACUUUGACACAAACACAAUAAAGAGACGACCUGGUUCACACAGACAGUCUGUUACUGGAGUGUCUGUAGACGGCUGUCGCUCUCACGCUGCCUCUGACAGCACCGCCUCCUGUCUGCUGCAGCAGGGCGAGGACAGAGCCGCUCUGUCUCCAACAGCCAAUCAGUCGCCUUCCUACCCCGGCUCAGGGGGCGUGGCUUCCUGUCGGACAGCCGGCGUGAGACCGGAGAGUUUCCUGUAUCGCCUCAGUCAGAAGGAGGAGAAGAGGAAAGGUGACGCUGCUGCUGCUGCUGCUCCUCAGAGUCAGGAGGAGGCUCCUGCUGCUCCUCCUCUGGUUGGAGAAGACGCUGAGGUGGUUGAGCAGCUCAGAAAGAACAUCGAGGCUCGUCUCAAAGUGUCGUUGCCUAGCGACCUGGGAGCUGCUCUGACGGACGGGGUGGUGCUGUGUCACCUGGCCAAUCACGUGAGACCGCGGUCCGUCCCCAGCAUCCACGUCCCCUCCCCCGCUGUGCCUAAACUCACCAUGGCCAAAUGUCGACGAAACGUGGAGAACUUCCUGGAGGCGUGUCGCAGGAUCGGAGUUCCCCAGAGUCAGCUGUGUCUUCCUCUCCACAUCCUGGAGGAGCAAGGGCUCCCCCAGGUGGCCGGGACUGUCAGCGCCCUGCUGGACCUGGCCCCGCCCCGACACCCCAUCACCACGACAACCACAUCAUCAUCCACCGCACCUGGACCCUCUGUCACCAUGUAGACCACUCGGACGCCACCGCACGUGCUCAGUCGGCCUCCUGUGGCGCUGCAGGCGGUUGGGUUAAUGCUGGGUUCUGAUCAGCUGAUCAUAGAGGAGACCACAUGUUGGCCGUCGACCAAUCAGAGCUCGUGUCUGUCACAGCUUGUGAUGUCAUCAGGAAGCCAGAAUGUAAACAAGCAGCUUCUGAUGCAGCUGUGGACGUCUGCAGGUCACACCGUCGCCAUGGUUACAGCCUCUGUGCUCCUAUUGGUCAUCAGCGUCAAGGUUACAAACACAUUUCUGUCUGUAGAAGAAGAAAAGUUAGUCACGAUUAAAAUAAUAUUCAUGCAAAAUGACCGUAAAAAGGUCAAAAGUUUGAGAUUUAAAACUCAAAAGUUUUACUUUUAACAGGUCAUUUAAGUUUUAUAUUUUUUUUUAUCUCAUCAUUGACAAAAGAAAAGUCAGAAGGUUCUCCUUUAAAAAAAGCCAUUUUUAACAAAAGUAUUUGCUCAUAUUUUACUAAAUAAAAAAAUUAAAACAUAAGAAGUCAAAAUUCUGACUUGAAAAAUAUUUGACUUUUAAAAAGUCAGUUUACCUUUCAAAUCUAAAUUAUGAGGAAAAAUAUUAGUUGUUUUUUUAUCCAUAGUUUUGCCUCAAAUUAAAAAAAAUACAUUCAAAGGUCAAAAAACCGUCAAACUUUUGAGUCAAAAAAUUUAAGACAAAGUUUUAUAUCUGCAAAAAAAACUUAAUGGAAUUUUGAUCAGAUUUUUAUUUAUCAUGCAGAUUUUUUAAAAUUCUGACUAACUUUUCUUAUUUUUUUAGUGUUAAUUUUUUAUAUUUUGGCAGCAGGAGGCUUCCUUACAGGCUCUGACAGAUUCGUCUUUUUGUUUUUGAGGCUUCAGGAUGCAGCAUCUGUUGUCGUCAGGAUAAAACCUUCAGCUGAUAUCAGAGUUGGGAGGAUUUUAGAGGAAAACAGCAGCUGGAUCUGAUGGAGAUGUGAGCAGAAAACACCUCCUUACAGAAAGUUAACGUCCCAGUGAAGCGACAGUUGGACGUCUCGUGUCUAAAUAUUUAAUUAAGAUGAGUCCACAAAGCCACAAAUACAAAAAAAACCUUGAAUUAGUCUCAGUCGGUCAGACGUCAGUGAGAAAAUUCUUAAGCAGCACCUUGAUGAAUAUUUACUAGCUUUAAUAACGAUGUCUUUUUGUUUUUGAUUGUUUCUCAAAUUAAACAAAACCUCUAUUAAUCUGCAGAGAGCUGACGACAUUUUGAUUUAGUUUUCGGAAAAAGAAAAGCUUAAAAUCUUCACAUCUGAGAAGCUGCGACUAAAGUUUUGCACAGUUUUAGGAUAUUAAAUAUUACACUUUGUCCCUCCUUUUUCCUACAGGAUAUUUUUUUCUCAAUGGGCUCAAGUUUCUAAAAGUAAUUUGAAGGUUUACAGGAAGAAAAAAAACACAAACAUGUUUUCAUCCCAGCUAGAGCUAAUUAUAUAUUUUUAUUUGACUGUUUGUUAUUUUAAAUCUCUAAUCCUUUUAUUGCUGCAUCUGGUGCCCUCUAACAGCAGCAUGAAGGUUUAUUUUCACAUAACUCAACUUGGAUAUUAAAAAUCAAACUUAUUAGUUAAAACAACACAACACCUAAAUAUUCUCAUAAAAACACCUAAAUAAAAGCAAAACAAAGUAUUAAAAGAUUAAUAUUUAAACGUGGCAUAUUUGCUUUGCUAAUCAACCCAAUGUAGCAAAAUGCUAACAUUAUUUAACACUGACAAAGAUGGUUGAUGUGUCGUGCUGCUAAUCGCUAAUAAACCUUUUUUUUAUUUAUUGAAAUGACACUAAUGUAGCUCAUUAAUAUUCGCAGCCAAUAUUGAUGUAGUUGGUUCAGAGGAGACGCUAACACAACGCUAAAAACAUCACCCUGGUUGGUUUUAGACUUCAAGAAUAACAGCUAGCUGUAAAUUAGCUAACAUAAAGCUGCUUGAAUGAAAGUUUAGAGAGAUUAGGACAAAAUGCUAACUGCUAACAGUUGUGAAUCUAAAUGCACCAUAAUUUGAAAAUGCUACUUGCCAACUUUAGCUAUUGAAUUAUUUUGCAGACAGUUUACACAAUUAGCCAUUAGCUUCAGCUAACACAUGUUUCUUGUAUGGAGUUUAAGCUAAUGCUAACAAUAGUCAACACUGAUGUAGGCAAGUUGUUUUUGAAAGUGACACUACAGCUUUCUGCUAAUAUUAACUGAUUAAACUAGUUAGUUGAGAGACUAAGCUAACACAGUUAGCCAUAAACAUUAGCCAUUGGUUUUUGUUCCAGAGUUGAAGCUAACAUAGCUCAAGAUUAACUCUCUUAAAUGAUCGCAGUGGUAAAUGUACUAGCUUGAAUGCUGCAGUGGGAAUCAUGAAAAUGGUUAAGCUGAUGCAGCUAGCUGUAAGCAUGCAAAUGUAGCUCACUGCAGAUGUUAGUAAAUGCUAAAAAUGUUGCUGUUGGGUAUAGCCAACACUACUAAUUGCUAACAGUAGUAAAAAUUAAACUGAAACAGACUUAAAUAUUAACUGACAUUGUGAGACUUUAUCAAAACUGCUAAUGCUAGUUGGUGAGCUAAGGCAGCCUAAUGCUAAGGAUACCCAACACUUCUGCAGUUGUUAAGUGUUGGCUCUAAAACAGCUUACUGCUAACAUUAGCCAACAUUAUUAAGUUAGCUGGUUUGUAGAUUAAGCUGAUACAGCGUGCUGUAAACAUUUUAUUUAAUUUCUCCUUUUGGGUUUCAAGAUAAUCCAGAAACCAUCAAUAAAGAUGGUGUAGAUUACACUACCAAUGCUAAAUGUUAAUGUUGGUGAACACAGGUGUACGGUAGUUAGUUUACAUAUGCUAACAUUGGCUAGCAUUAUGAGAGUUAACCUAACUGUAAACAGUAGCCAGUUAGCUGGUUUUGAGAUUAAAUUUGAACAGCUGGCUGUUAAUCUUUAAUCCACUCAGUUUGAAUUUGAAGCUAAUGUAGCAUCAUGCUAACUUAAGUGUGCUGCAGUGUUUUGAAAAUGCUAAUUUAACUAAUACUAUGAACCCAGGAGGUUUGGAGUUUGAGCUAACACAGCUAGCCUUUAAGUUAGACAUUUUUAGUUUAGAAUUGAAGCUAACGCAGCCUCAUGCUACCUUAAGUGUACAUCAGUUGGUUUGGACAUGCUAACUUACCUCAUACUAUGGACCCAAUAGUUUGAGUUUGAGCUAACUCAGCUAGCCAUGAAGCUAGGCAUCUUUAGUCAAAGCUAAAUUAGCUCUGCGUGCUCACGCUAGGUGACAUGUUGGAUGUUUUCAACGUCUCCAUCAGAUCCAGACUGUCAGAAAUCUUUUUUAUAAUUAAUUUUCAUCUCUCAUGUCAUGUGACCGAUGACAUCAUGUGAUUAACGUGUUUAAACUGAGGAUUUCUCAGAAGGACUUCAGUUAUUAUUGUUUUUCAGCUGUUGUGGAAUCCUGUCGCUCUAAUGCUGUUUGUGGCUUCAGGUCGAUCAUAUGACCCGGCUGCUGGUUUCAGACUUGUUGAUCACCUGAUCGAUGGAUCGAUCCUCCAGAUGUGAUCAGGAGUUUUGUUCUUUCAGAAACAGAAACAAAAUCAGAGUGAAUGAGCAGAUGUGUUGAUGACAUCAGACGGCUGAAGGUCCUGAUUGGAGGAUGGCGGUCAGGUGAUCCCCGGGUGACCUGACUCCUGCUGACGGACUGUUUGUGUACAAAUAUAUUCUGUAAAUAUAUACAUAUAUAGAUAUAUUCUGUAUAUCAGGCGGUGUAUGUUGCCGUGGCGACGGAGUUGAUCUGUCGCCACGGCAACUCCUCUUCUUGUGUUUUUUUUUUUUUUGUUUGUUUUUUUUGGAAAGGCGCAAUCCACCCAAAAACAGUCGUUUUCUCCUCUUGUUGCCUCCAAACACCCAGAUGUUUAUGUUUACACCCCAAACCACAUCGUUAUCAAUAAACUUUAUUUAUAUUCAGCACUUUGACAGCAGAACCACAAAAGUUUACUGACUGAAGUCAGUAAGAAGCUCACAGCCUCCGUCCUGCAUGACGUACAGAAAUAAAUAAACAUCCAACAGUUCAAUGAACAAUCACAGAUUCAUAGAAGAGUCUAUGAAAACCAGUUUAAUUAAAUGACAAAAAUAAGUGAGAAAAGGUAGAAAACAUGAUUAAAUAAGUUUGUUUUUACAGGUUUUGUGGCACUUUUAGCUGUUUUUCUAUUUCCUAAUUUUUAUUCUCCUGUUUAAACUCAGAACAUGAAUCUGGUUCGCUGACGGGAGGAGAAAACGACGGCAGCUUUAUUUUUAAUUUAAACUUUAUCCAUGUUUUAUAUUUGCAUGUUUCAUCGAUGCUGCGUUCAGGUGACCGGAAACCUCAGAGUUUAACUUCAAGUUCUGAAGCUUCUUUUUGCUUCAGAUUCACCUGAACGCAGCGUCAGAGCUCCGUCAGAACAUUUCUACCCUCAAUUCUGACUCCCAGGCUGAGCCCCGCCCUCUCAGCCACCUCAGCCAAUCAGAUGCUUCGCUGCAACGACUGUGGAAGACUUCAGAGACUCACCUGAGACUGAAUCAUCAGAGGAAACUGAACCAGGCGUGGAUCUGGUCCAGCUGCCUGUGAGGCUGAACUCAGGGUGCAUCGGUCCCUGGAGACAGUGCUGUGAUUGACAGGUCUGCUGUCCAAUCCCGUGCCUCCGUGUCCUGAGCGGACGGACAGGUGAACCAGGUGCGAGGUUUCAGACGAUGACGUGGGUUCAUAUUGUACAGACCAUUUAUGUUUUUUCUUCUUUGCGUUUCUCUCCUGCGGUGGUGAUGGGUCAUGUGACAGAUGGGACGGGUCAUGUGAUGUGGUGACGGUGUAAGUGACGGGUCAUGUGAUGUGAUGAUUUAAGUCACGGGUCAUGUGACGUGGUGAUGAUAAGUGACGGGUCAUGUAAUAGUCGUGACAAACCCAGAGAGGACAGUUUUAAAGGACAUUCCACCGUUUCUAAAGGAGACAAACGGACUCACAGUUUGACAUUUUUCCACUUUUGUUUCAUUUCUGCUGAAAACUGUAAAAAAGAUUUGAACGCGGCUGUUUGAAGAGUUUAAGUCCUGAAAUAAAUAUUUUAAUUUGA